UCACGUUGUCAAAAAAAGAGAAGCCAGCUUACUAUUGACGUUACCUAGCUAACAUGUAGCUAGCUAGCUUUGUGAUGCAUACAUUGGUCAGGCGUGGUUUUUACGUUAAAUGCUUUAAGCAUUUGUAUAAGGGCUUUUGGUAAGUGUGCUAGUACGCCAUCUUCUCACUAUAUAACUGAUAAUAGUUAACUAACUUAGCUAGCGUUGUAACUGUUUCCAGCUGUUAGCCAGCUAACGUUAGUUGGCCACAACUGCACUCCCUAAAAGCGACCCGCGUUAUCUGCUUUGCUCACAAGGUUAAGGAGCUACCUAAUAUCGCUAUUGGAAAGAUGAGAUCAGGGUUGAAGUCCAGUUGACUUUUGAAAUAUUUACUGCAUUGUCUCAUUCACUGGUGAGUUCAGAGAUAAAUUGCUGGAUAAAUCACACCUGGCUAAUGUAUUCAUCAUGAAGUCGGUUACAGCUGUUUAGCAGCAGACCUUCCCCACAGAAGUAACGUUAGGUGUCCACAGUCGACCUACGCUGUUACUGUUGGGGGGGGGGGGUCGUUUUAAAUGACUGGAAGACAGAGGUCUGAGGUCCAGCUCUAGACACAGUUGAACUUGAACCAGCAUGAUUCAAUUGGACAUGUAAUGAGAUUAACAGUGGCAACUAGAUAAGCUUCUUUGACCUUUAAACAGUGUCUUAGUGGUUGCUAAUUAUAAAAGGGAUAAAGAGGUGUUUAGUUGUAGGACAUCAGCAUCACCCUUGCCCAUUGUUUGUCUCUUAGUGGUCAUUUGAUUGUGUGACAGGUAUCAGCCAUUUUGGACCAUAGAGGAUAAUUCCACUAUGACAAGCUUCCAGCCUUGAUUCUAAUUGUGGCACACAUCUCACACACCUGCAUGGGGAGGAUGGAGAGCGAUUGCAGAAUCCCCAUGUUGUGCUUGAGGCCCAGAGUCCUGGCUUUGCAUGCACUCUUCUGGGGUUUGGUGUCUCUCAGAGUGUUUGGUGCAGCUCUGCUGAGUGAGGAGAAGACCACAGUGGCCAGGCCGGUAACCACCCCCUGUUGGCAGAUAGAGGAGUUUGUGGUUGCGGUGGAAUGCUCCCAGUGUACCGCUUUCCAGUCGAAGUCAUGGGCAGCAUGUACUCAGACGGGAUACGUGGAGAGGAUCAACUGCACCAAGUCUAAUAAAGACGAGUACAAGAGCUGCCGCUCUACCCUGAUGGAGGAACACCUUUUCUGGAAGUUUGAGGGAGCCAUGUUGGGCCUUACCAUACUGUUCGCCCUCGUAGUGGUCGCUAGGCAACGUUCGCUGGACCGUCUUGCCUCCGAGAAAGUCCGCAGGCAGAUUGAGUCCAUCUAGCACAGUACACCAGAGUGAAGAGACUAAUAGACCUCAACAUAGUUGCUCAGCUCAUUUCAAACUCUUAAGAAUGAACAGAGCCACCGAAUUUCAACAGCAUGGAGGUCUGGAGAACGGUAUAUCCGACAAUGGGCCAGGCUUACUGGAAAACGGUUUCUAAAUUUUGUUAUUGAAGAAAUGAAAAUGAAAUCAAGAUUGAGAAUGAAACUCCAGCCCUAAUUAUAACCUGCCAACGGACAAAUGAUGAACAGUGUCUGGCGUUUUGUCAAUGGAAUUAUUAUCCCUAAAGGGAAUGGCUCUUCUGACAAAGUCUGUGAAAUUGAUGAACGUUGGGAACUGGCUGCAUUCUAAGUAGAGGACAAUUGAUGGAUUCGUUCAAGCCACAUACAUGGUUCUUUAAUUACGUUUGUAUUUAUUUAUUUUUUGCCUGUAUACAGAAUUGUCUGACAAAUGCCGAACAAGUUUCUGGCGCAUGUUUCUGUUCUCUGAGAGAACCAAGAAUAUAAUAUCGUGUCAAAUGCCCUGUCUCACUUGGAAACAUGGACUAAUAACUAGGUCUGUGACUCGAAUGGAUCAAAAAUCAGUCUUAUGGGGGCAUAAAUAAGAGUUUGUUCUUAACUAACUUGCCUAGUUAAAUAAAGGUUACAUAAAAAAAUAGAGGGUGGGUUUGCAUAGUGUUACCAUGUACUGGAGUAAGAGUGUCAUGCUGCAAUGCUGUUUUCACCUUCGUGGGUUUCAUAUUUCCAAGUUUCAGUAUUGGUGUUCUACUGAAAGUCUACAAUCACUAUGUUGUGAAAUCUUGUGUGUUUGGAGAUUCCAUUGCAGACAUGGUUCUAAAUGCAAACACUAACGUUUGACUACUAGUGUUUUUGAUAGGCUAUAGAGUUUCCAAUAUACACGACACACAUUCAUUUUAAAAACUGUUGGAUUUCCACUGAUUGACUCUCUUUUUUAAUGUUGGUCUCUGAGCUUAGUGAUUUCCCAGAUUUGUUCAAAGUAAUGAUUAUCAUAUAUUUACAUUUCAACUGUGAAUAAUGUAUUUUUAGGAAAUGUGUAAGAUGUUUUCAAACCUCAGCAGCUGACAGAUUACAAAAUAAAUGGGGGGGGGAAUCUGGAAAAAUCUGGGUUUUUGUUGUAAUUAAGUCCACUUUUCAGGGAUAUAAUCGACAACACAAGUAGAAUAUGAAAAAGAUGCUUCCCGGAGUCAACUUGGCCUACAGUAUUCGUAUCAAUACACUUUGAUGUACCAGGAAAGCAUUCAUUGUAUUUUUCACUUGAAAAUGUGCAGUUUUGUAAUCAAUACAGUUGGAGGGAGACAAAACAUCACAACUGACAUGGGCAAUCUAGAUUGAGCUCCACAGCCUCUUUUGAUGCUCUUGUACAGCAGAAAAUGUGGCCAUGUUGAGCUUCAUCUUUGACAGAACAGUACUUGCUCAUGUUGGAAUUGCACUAAAAGAGAAAAGUAAAUGACAAAGUUGAUUUUGUUUGUGAGCGAUUGAAAUAACCAAACAAGGGCACUGAAGUUGGUGUAGGUUUCUGAGUAACCACUAGAUGUUGCUCUAGUACCACAGAAUCAAACUGAAGGCAACUAGAGAAACUUGGAGCCCUACUCAAAGCUGGUAGGCCUAACUGGGAUAUCCCAGGAAGCUGGUUAAAGGUUUUGAUUGGGCCCUUGGUUUAUAAAAUACAAAAAUUAGGAAAGGAGACAGGAUUAGGCUACUGAAAACAAGUUGUCCAACUGCAUAUUUAAUUUUUUAUUUUUUUUAAACAGCUCAACAAAAAAGCAGCUCUGUGAAGCAGAUAAAAAUCAUCAUACUCUUACCAUUAAACAAUUAUACUAGACAAUUGAUU